GUAAUGUCGGAGUGACUUUACCUAUGACCCAAGCUCGCUAACGGACAAAAUUGCUGCCAGUGGUUAUAACAGUCUCCAGCCUACCUACCUUCGGAUCCUAACUCUUGUAUUCAGCACUGCCAUUGACUUCGCUGCCUGGACAAUACCUACCUUGCUCUCGAUCUCGCUACUAAAUAUACUUCCAAGUCGAUCGUCGAAAUCUUCAAGUUGAACCGCCGACAUGUCGCAACAAGCUCUCGUCCUCGAAAACUUUGGGGCACCACUGGUGCUUCGAUCCAAGGCGAUACCUGAGCCAAAGGAGAACCAGAUCUUGCUAAAGAUUCUUGCAGUAGGACUAAACCCCCACGACCAAAAAGUCCGAGACCUCGGCAUCAUCAUCACCCCCGACAACCUGCCCUACAUCACCGGUAACGACCUCGCCGGCGUAGUCGAAGCCGUCGGGCCCAACGUAACCAGCUGGAAGGUCGGCGACCGUCUCGUGGCGCAAGCCGACACCUUUACCAUCCCCAACAGCGCCGGAGGCGGGCUGCAGGAAUACGCCUUAUUGCCCGCCGACCUGGCGGCCCGCAUCCCAGACUCUGUAUCGUUGGACGAGGCCGCCACCCUGCCCACGAUAGCCAUGGCCGCGUUCGUCGCGCUUUUCCACCCCUCUGGCCUCGGAUUGCCCGCACCGCACUCCCCCAGGGAGGAGAUUGAGGCGUUUGGCUACGCGCAGCGCAGUCUGGUCGUCAUCGGGGGCGGAUCCAACUGCGGCAAGGUGGCGAUCCAAAUGGCGGCGCUGCUGGCCGGGUUCGGGACGAUUGUUGCCGUCGCGAGCAAGACGCCCGAGGGGGAGGCAGAGCUGCGGGCGCUUGGCGCGACACACGUCGUGGACCGGCGUGGCGGGCUGGAGGCUGUGGUGGAGCAGGUCCGGGGUAUUGUGGGUGACGGGUUGGUUUACGCACUCGACACGGUCGGCACGGAGCAUACCCUCGGCGUGUCGCUGCUUUCAAACAGUGAGAAGGGCACGCUGGGGACUUUGCUGCCGGGCAGUGUGGACGAGUCCAAGAUUGUCGGGGGGAGUAAGGCGGCUGGGUACGAGGUCAAGUUCUCGCGGGGUUCGGGAGUUCUGCAUCGGGAGCUGGGCCAGCAGUUCUGGAAGCAUCUGCCUGGUUGGUUGGAAGAGGGCAGGAUCCGGCCCCUGAAGCGGUACCGUACUAUUAGUGGUCUGGACGAGAAGGCGGUGAACGAGGCGCUGGAUGGGUAUCGUCAUGGCGGGAGUGUUACCAAAGUUAAUGUCCACCCGCAUGGGUCCGCUGAGCUUCGUUAGAUCAUGACUAGACCACCAGCAGUUACAGAAUUCCC